AUGACCCAGGUCAAGCUCUCCGUCCAGGUUUCGUCCAAUGUCGAAGAAGUCCGCCGGACGGUGAAUGCGGCAAUCGAUGCCGCCGGCGAUGCUCUCCGCGCCCUGAACAAGGACAUCCAUGACCAUCCGGAGACGGCAUACGAGGAAGUCCACGCCCACGACGCGCUGUGCACCUUCCUUGAGAGCCAGGGUUUCUCCGUGACGCGCCAUGCCUACGGUCUCGAGACCGCCUUUGAAGCGUCCAUCGGCAGCACCGCCGCCGGCGCGCGCGAGAUCGUCUACUGCGCCGAGUACGACGCGCUGCCGGGCAUCGGCCACUCGUGCGGCCACAACCUGAUCGCAACCGCGUCCAUCGCCGCCUUCCUGGGCGCCGCCAAGGCGCAGCAGGCGCUGGGCUUCGACGGGCGGAUCCGCAUCCUGGGCACGCCGGCCGAGGAGGGCGGCGGCGGCAAGAUCAAGCUGCUCGAGGCGGGCGCCAUCCCGGCGUCCACAGCCGCCGCCAUCAUGGCGCACCCAGUGGCCGGGCACAUGGCCAAGAUCCCGGGCGCGUCGGGGCUGGCGGGCUUCAAGCUCAUCUGCAGCCACAAGUUCCGCGUCGAGUUCACGGGGCGCACCGCCCACGCCGGCGCGCAGCCGUGGGACGGCAUCAACGCCCUCGACGCCGCCGUCGCCGCCUACACCAACGUCUCGAUGCUGCGCCAGCAGAUCCGCCCGGACGAGCGCGUCCACGGCGUCAUCGAGGACGGCGGCCGCGUGCCCAACGUCAUUCCCCAGUACACCCGCAUGGCCUGGAACGUGCGCGCCCCCAAGGUCAAGGCCGCGAACGCCCUGCGCGAACGCGUCGAUGCCUGCUUCCACGCGGCCGCGGCGGCCACGGGCUGCAAGGUUAACAUUGUUGAGGGCCCGAUGUACAAAGAUCUGCGUGCCAACAUGACCUUAUGUCGGACGUACGUCGACGACAUGGCGGCGUUGGGCGAGAAGAUCAUCGUGUACGAGGAUGAGCCUGCUACUGCGUCGACCGAUAUGGGCAAUGUCUCAUACACCGUGCCAAGCUUCCAUGGCGCCUUUGGUAUUCCGGCUCCCGAGAACGUUGUCGGGCACCACCCGGGCUUCGCGGCCGCCGCUGGCACGGACGAAGCACAUGCCGCCGCAAUCAAGUGCGCUAAGGGAAUGGCCAUGUUGGGUUGGAGAGUACUAUCCGACGACGCUAUCGCCGAGGGUGCGAGAAGAGACUUUGAGCAAGACGAAUGA